AUGGCAGCUCGAGCGUCCAUCAACCGUCUUUUGACCGCGACGUCCAACCAGGGAUGUCGGGGAUGUGGGCGUACCCACGCUUCCAACCACCACCACCUCCCCUCACUAUCGAGUCAGGGUGUGAGGGGGAUGGCUACUCCCAUAGAGACUCCUCUUCGCGCUGGGCCUCCACAGGGAAACGGCGACUAUGCCUUCGAGAUGGCCGCGUCCAACUUGCGAUUUGGCCAGCACGCGACCCGAGAGGUCGGUAUGGACUUUACCAACAUGAUUGCCCAGCUUCCCGCUUCGGAGCGUGCCAAUGCCAAGAUCGGUGUCUUCACCGACCCGAAUGUAGCCAAGCUGGACGUUAUGAAGGUGGUUGAGGAGUCCCUGAUGAAGGAGGGUUUGAACUGGGUGACCUACGACAAGGUCGCUGUCGAACCCACCGACAAGAGUUGGCAGACUGCGAUUGACUUUGCUCGGUCUGGCAAUAUCACCCACUUCCUCGCUGUUGGUGGUGGUUCCGCUAUGGAUACCGCCAAGGCUGCGAACCUCUUCUGCACCUAUCCCGACGCGGACAUCUACGAGUUCAUCAAUGCCCCCAUCGGUAAGGGCACACCCAUCGCGAAGAAGCUCUCCCCGUUGAUUGCCAUUCCAACCACAGCUGGGACUGGAUCCGAGACGACUGGUACUGCCAUCCUCGACAUCCCGUCCAUGUCAUUCAAGACCGGUAUCGCGUCCCGCGCGCUCAAGCCCACACUUGGUAUUGUCGAUCUCAAUAACACUAAGACCUGCCCGCGAGAAGUCGCCAUCUCUGCUGGUCUUGACGUCCUCUUCCACUCGCUCGAGAGUUGGACUGCCAUGCCUUUCCACGAGCGGACGCCCCGGCCUGCGAACCCCAUCAAUCGACCGGCAUACCAAGGCUCUAACCCCAUCUCGGACAUCUUCUCCAAGUGGGCGCUUGAGCAGACCGUCAAGUACCUCCCGCGCAUCUCGAAGGACCCUACCGAUGACGAGGCUCGCGCGCAGAUGCUUCUCGCCGCAUCUACCGCUGGUAUCGGAUUCGGUAACGCUGGUGUCCACAUCCCGCACGCCUUCUCCUACCCGAUCUCCUCGCUCAACAAGGGCCGGGCAAAGGACAAGCAAUACCACCACCCCUCUUACUCCCCGGACGUCCCGCUCAUCCCGCACGGGGUCGCCGUCUCCAUGACCGCUCCCGCCGUAUUCAGCUUCACCGCCCCCUCGGCGCCGACGCGCCACCGCGAGGCUCUUGCCAUCUUCAUGGGUGACCGCGCGGACCAGCUCUCGCGCAUCAAGGACGAGGAUCUUGGUCAGGCGCUCGGUGAGGAGAUUCAGCGGUUCUUGGACAUCUUGGGUGUUCCAAGGGGUCUGAGCCAGGUCGGGUACACCAGCAGUGACAUCCACUCGCUCGUUGAAGGAUGUCUGCCCCAGCGGCGUGUGCUUGACCUCGCGCCCCUUCUGUCCAGGGACGACAGGGAGGAGCAGCGCGAGCAGCUCAGCCGGAUCGUCGAAAACUCGAUGAGCUGGUAG